UUUCAGUUUAUAGCAUGGGAUUAUAAUGAUCGUCUAAAAUGUCACUAAGUGUAAGAGAAGUACUUUGCUAGGUUUUUUCAUGGUGAUGUUGUAGAUGAUGGCACGUGACAACCCACGAACAACACGUAUUCAUGUUCAUGCGAGCGAUGUUGAGUGGCACGACCCACCUGGAUAUCUUAGCGGGGAGCUUGUGAGGCGCAGCGUAAUUUAUAGUGGCUCACACCUUAGCUGCAGAACCUCACCCCGUAUUAGUACAUCUUACCUUUCCAGCUACAACCACGGCAUCGUUGCCAAGUUGACCCUUUAGCGACUUAAUCGAUUCUCGAAUAACAACCUCUUGUCGCCUUAUACACAGUCAUUCUAUUUAAUCUACUCUUAAUCACUACGAAUCACCAUGGCCGGCCGUUUUGUACGGGCGUCCAAGUAUCGACACGUCUUUGGAAAGUCCACGAGAAAGGAAUUUUGCUACGACAAUCUCCAUAUCAGUCGCAAUGCUUGGGACACAAACUUGGUCAAGGUCAACCCCGAGUAUCUCUCAGUCAAUUGGGAUGCCUCCGGUGGCGGCGCAUUCGCUGUUAUUCCUCUGAAUGAGCGUGGAAAGCUCCCCGACCAGAUCCCACUGUUUCGUGGCCAUACUGCUGCGGUACUCGAUACCGACUGGAACCCUUUCCACGACAAUAUCAUCGCCUCUGCAUCCGAUGAUGGAAAGGUUUUUAUAUGGGAGGUCCCCGAGGGCUUUACGCUGCAUACCGACGCCGAGGAGAUUACUGAUGUCGCACCCGUGAGCAAGCUUGCUGGCCACCCCAGAAAGGUCGGACAGGUCCUUUUCAAUCCUGCGGCCGAAAACAUUCUCGCCUCCGCGUCUGGUGACUUCACCGUCAAGCUUUGGGACGUUGGCACCGGCCAGUCGCCUCUUACUCUCAAGCACAACGAUAUCGUCCAGAGUCUGUCAUGGAAUGCCAGCGGUAGCAUGCUCGUUACCACCUCGCGAGAUAAGAAGAUUCGGGUGUGGGAUGUCCGACAGGAAAAACCCGUUCACGAAGCGCCCGGCCAUGGUGGUGCCAAGAACAGUCGCGCUGUCUGGCUGGGAGAGCACAACCGCUUCGCUACGACCGGUUUCUCGCGUAUGAGUGAACGACAAAUAGCCCUCUGGGAGCCUGGCAGGACGGAGCCCAUCGGCGGAUUCACCAUGCUGGAUUCCAUCUCUGGCGUCUGCAUGCCUUUCUGGGAUGAUGGUUCAAACUGCCUGUACCUUGCUGGCAAGGGUGAUGGCAACAUUCGAUACUUUGAAUACGAGAACGACAAGUUCGAGUUCCUUAGCGAGUACAAAUCCGGCGACCCCCAGCGCGGUAUCGCCUUUAUGCCCCGACGGGGCAUCAAUGUACAGUUUUCUUGUAUCGAAUCUUGUACCCACGAGAAUGAGGUCAUGAGGGCUUACAAAACAGUCAACGACUCUUACAUUGAGCCUAUCUCAUUCACUGUGCCACGACGCGCCGAGACCUUCCAGGCUGAUAUUUUCCCUCCUGCCACUGGCACCAAGCCCGCCGCGACUGCUAAGGAAUGGCUCGAUGGCAAGACUGCUAUCCCUAACAAGAUUGACCUCGAGAGCGUCUACGACGGCACUGCACCCAAGGAGAUCGCCUCUGACUACAAGGUUCCUGCAGCUCCCUCUCCUGUCACUGAGAAGCCUGCACCCAAGAUAGAGGAGCCAAAGAAGGAAGAAUCCAAGCCAGCUCCGGCACUACGAUCUCCUCCUCCCACUAUGAAUGAACAGAAGGGAUCGAUCUCUGCUAUGGCUUCCAGAUACCAGGACAAGCAGGAGGAGGAGGAGGAGGAUGAUGAUGCUUCCAGCUUCGAGGAGGUUUCACGACCUGCUCAGCGUCAAGCUGUCCCGGCAAAGUUUACUCCUCCUGCUCAAUCGCAGACUGCCUCCACUCCUCAGACUUCCGUCACUGCGAAGCCCUCUUCGCCAGUUAAAGCUCCUAUUGCCUCCGCUUCUGCGGCUCCGGCCGUCACACCUUCAGCCCCCCGAGCUGUCUCCUCCACCCCCAGCGGUAGUGACUCUUCUCUUGCGGAGAUCAAGCAACUCAUCGAAGGCCAGACAAAGCUUAUCAACUCUCAGAGCCAACAGAUCACCCUGCUCACCGCAGAAGUCGAGGCUCUCAAGCGUAAGGUUAGCUCCGGCUCCCAGGAUCAGAGCGAGCGCAUCCGACAGCUUGAGCUCGAAUUGGAGGAGGCGAGAUCUUAA